UAGAUCUUACAGAAGGUGCUUUGAAAAAUUUUCUAGUCUUUAAAUAUCCAUGGAGUAAUAUUAUUACAGUAAGAAUCUACUCUGGCUUUUUAUAGAAGCUACUUUUUCUUCCGCGAGAAAUUUGAUUCCUAAAAAAUUUUCAGCAGUAGCAUGCUGGACCAAUAUUCUUGCAGAGAGGCUUUGUAUCAAUUAGUUAGCAUUGUCUGUUUCCUAUCGAUUAUGACCUCUGGUGGUGUGGAAGGCCAUUGUGGGCUCCUAUAAGAGAGAACAUGUGGCAGUGGCAUAUAUUUGAAGCUUUGACCUAAUUGUAAAAGCAUACCUGUUGGAGAAACAAGUGAUUAAUGAAAAAGAGAAGUUGACAAAUAAAAGAACAAGAUAACAUAUCUUUGUAGGUAUAAGUUUAGCAAUUUGAAUAACCAGCAACAUUUUGCAAUUUAUGAUAAUGACAAUUGAAUACAGGGAUUAAAGAUACAUAUUUCCUUGUGUCCUUAUCUACUUCCUUAUGGCCCUGUUUUUGUUACAAAAUCUUAUAGUGAAUACAUAUCCGAAAUCUUGAAGGCGAUGGGGCUAUCGCUGCCCACCAAUCUUGUUUGUGCUUUGUAGUAUAGCUAAUUUUGAGUGUCCUUACCCAGCAAAAAUUGGUAGUUUGUUCCAUAUUGAUUUAGAGAUGAACUCUUCUAUUGUUAUCUAUCAUAUUUGUAAUCAAGACUAUUGAGUAGCUGGACUACAAAAUUGCUUGAACUUGAGGAGGAUCUUUGAUGUCAUUGGUUUAGCAAAUGAAAAAACCACAAUUGGUUUCAACUAUAGUUUCCGUAAAGACUGCGUGAUACCUUACAUUUAAGAUGAUUACGAUGGAAGUAAUAGCCCUUUGGUUUGUUGCCUUGAUUUAAUUUAUACAUUUAAUUUCUCACAAUCUUUUUCUCUUCUUGCUCUUGAUUCUGCCCUGCAACUCAUUGUGCCCCUUCACCAGCAGAUUCAGUUAAUAGAGGCCCUAGUGCUAUGAACCCAAAACCAAUAAUGCUAUCUGAUGCUGAUGGCUGAUUGUUUGCUAAAUUUCAUUUACUUCAUUUUUUGCCAGGGGUCUUUUUAGAAUUUUAGAAUGAUAGGAUGCAAUAAUGAUGCAAGAGGCAACUAAUUUAAAGUGACUGGUUCUUAUGAGGGGCUUUGCUGAGUCAAUGAUCAUUUGUGUCUCCCUAAACAGUCAUGAAUCAGAUGGUUUCAUUGGUGUAAAUAUAGGUACAGACCUGUCUGACAUGCCUGACCCAACUCAGGUUGUGGCCCUUCUCAAGGCUCAGCAAAUCCGGCAUGUCAGGUUGUAUGAUGCUGACAGAGCUAUGUUACUCGCACUUGCUAAUACUGGAAUUCGUGUAACUGUAUCAGUACCAAAUGAUCAACUGUUGGGAAUUGGACAGUCAAAUGCCACAGCAGCCAAUUGGGUUUCCCGAAAUGUUAUUGCCCAUAUUCCUGCAACCAACAUCACUGCUAUAGCUGUUGGAUCUGAAGUUCUGACAACCCUUCCAAAUGCUGCCCCAGUCCUGGUUGCUGCAAUGAAUUUCAUCCAGUCUGCCCUAGUUGCUUCUAAUCUUGCUUCCCAGAUAAAAGUAUCCACCCCGCACUCUUCUUCCAUUAUUCUUGAUUCAUUCCCACCUUCUCAAGCAUUUUUCAACCGCACCUUGGAGCCAGUCAUGGUUCCCUUGCUCAAGUUUUUGCAGUCUACUGGCUCCUUCCUUAUGCUCAACGUUUACCCAUAUUAUGAUUAUGUACAAUCAAAUGGUGCGAUCCCGUUAGACUAUGCUUUGUUUCGUCCUCUUCCACCGACCAAGGAAGCUGUUGACCGUAACACUCUUCUGCAUUAUACUAAUGUUUUUGAUGCAGUAGUGGAUGCAGCAUAUUUUGCCAUGUCCUAUCUGAACUUCACCAAUAUUCCCAUAAUAAUCACUGAAUCUGGUUGGCCUUCAAAGGGUGACUCUUCUGAGCCAGAUGCCACUCUAGAUAAUGCUAAUACUUACAAUAGUAACCUUAUCAGGCAUGUUCUUAACAACACAGGGACUCCAAAACACCCUGGGAUUGCACUGAGCACCUACAUCUAUGAGCUAUACAAUGAAGAUCUGAGACCAGGGUCUAUUUCAGAGAAGAACUGGGGACUUUUUAAUGCCAAUGGUGUACCUGUUUAUAUCCUACACUUGACAGGUUCUGGGACUGUUCUUGCAAAUGACACCACGAAUCAGACUUACUGUGUUGCAAAGGAAGGAGCUGAUAAGAAGUUGCUGCAAGCAGCCCUCGAUUGGGCUUGUGGCCCUGGAAAAGUGGAUUGCAAUCCGUUAAUGCAAGGAAAUCCAUGUUAUGAUCCGGAUACUGUGGUAGCACAUGCAUCAUAUGCUUUUGAUGCCUAUUAUCACAAGAUGGGUAUGACAGAUGGAACCUGUGACUUCAAUGGGGUUGCUACCGUCACAACCUCGGAUCCCAGUCAUAAUUCAUGUAUAUUUCCAGGAAGUGGUGGGAGGAAUAGGACCACCACAAAUGGCACCUCUCUAGCUCCAUCGUCGAACUCCACGGUAUCUGGCUGCCAUUCACAAUAUUUAAACGAGAAAGGUGUCCUUUUUAACUCCAUAACACUUGGUCUUAUGCUCUGGGGUGUUGCUUUCUUGUAAAACAUUGAUCUCUUACUUUUUGCUGCUUUUGAACUACGUUGACACUUGAGAAACCUUUGGGUGGAAAACUGCUACAACUUCUGCCACACCCAAUUUUGGUCCUCUGAAUUGAGCUAGGGUUGGCAUUGGGAUCUGCUUGGAUUAUAUAGCUGGGCAAGUUGCUUUGAGGUGAGUGGUACAUUAACAUGUACAAAGAAGGCUUUGGGAUUAUUUCGAACCAUUGAUGUAAUUAGGUUAGAUUAGAGUCAAUUUGUACUCAAGGAUUGUAUUCUUUUAACCUGAAAAUGAAUUUGCCAUAGAGUUGUCUCGACUCUUCAUAUUGUCAUGUAUCAUCUUUUCUUUUUUAUUGGGCAGAAAGGUUGGUAGAAGUAAAUGACAUUGAGAUGUCUCCUUUGCUGCAAAUUGUUUCGAGUGGUCAAGUUUAUAAUGGCACUUGUUGGAUUUGAUC